UUUUUUUAUUAACAACUUUAUAAAGUGAAAUAAAACGAGAUACUUGUGGUUUUCGAGUACUUAUAGACAUACAUAUGGAAAAUUACAUAAUAUUAUACACUACAGUAUUGUAUAUUUGUCUACUUACUUUAUCAGUUUUGUUAAGAAUCAUAAAAUAUGAAGCGGCUCAUGGAUCAUUGGAAAACUUUGUCAACAUAAAUUAAUAACGAAUAUUCUGUUCAUAAUAUCUUAACGACAAAUUUAAGUUUUACCUUCCUGUGAUCACCAAUGACUUAAAUCUCAAGUGUUCCUCUGCAAAUAGCCGAAACAUGUCUUCAGAAGAAGUUACCUCCAUCGGGCGGGACUUAUACAUGUAUAAACAAUGGCUGGAUGUGGAUACAUUGUUAUAUUUGCCUGUUUGGCUGCCAGCGUUUUAAGUUUGCCCGCUAACCAAAAAAAAAUCAGUAUCAGAAAUUUUAGAGGUUUCCGUCUGCCCUUCCCGUACUAUUCAAGAGAAGAUUGGGGAGCCAAACCAGCCAUUUCCGCUGACCGCCUCAGUUUGCCCGUUCCUUACGUGACCAUCCACCACACAUACAUUCCAGCUGCAUGCUUUACCGCCGAGCAAUGUAAGAAUGCUAUGCGGGGUGUACAGACUUACCAUCAGGACGACCAGGGAUGGAAUGACAUUGGGUACAACUUCGCAGUAGGCAGUGAUGGCGCGGUGUACGAAGGGCGAGGCUGGUCGGCUGUUGGCGCACACGCCGUAGGCGUCAACAGCCGGAGUAUAGGCAUCGUCUUCAUAGGAGAUUAUGUUUCUGAUUUGCCGCCCCCAAAGAGCCUGCAAGCUGCCAAAGAUCUGAUUGCUAUUGGAGUGAAGGCGGGAUUCAUAUCUCCAUCCUACCAUCUAAUAGCCCACCGCCAGGUGUCCGCGACUGAGUGCCCUGGACAGAGUCUCUACACUGAGAUCACCAGUUGGGAUCGAUUUUUACCUGACUUUGACGUGAAUACGUAAACCAAUAUAGAAUUUAGUGCAAUUUA